UAUUAAUUUAAAAACGAGGCAUGUCAGCGUGGGAUCCUGGUUAAUUACUGUGAUUGACGUGUCAGUACCUCCGUAAUGACUCGUUGGACCAAUCGUGGCUCAGCAGAGCCAACAGCACCUGCAUAAAAGCAGACCGCAGGUCAGCUGCCAUUCAGAGGGAAGGUGAUAAACAUGUAAAGCCACAGAUGUGACAGGUGUUAGAAGAUGACACUUUUACGCACAAGAGACUUGCCUGAUGGUUUGUUGAGCAUAAUUGCGAAGAAGAAGAAGAAAUCUGCGCUGAACCGAGGUCCUUAACUUUCCACCAUGGAUGACAUGUACAACUACAGCGGAGCGCAGAACUCGAGUUACGGUGGAGAUGACAGAUUUAAGUUCGAAGACAUCGACGUGAGCGCAGAUGGCACGCCUAUCCUCAGGAUACUUAUAUCGGUGGUGUACUCUGUGGUGUGCGCAAUGGGCUUGGUGGGUAACCUGCUGGUCUUUUUCCUCAUGAGGUUACGCCAAGGUCGGAAGAGGUCCACCAUCAACGUCUUCAUCAUCAACCUGGCAGUGACAGACUUCCAGUUCGUGCUCACUCUGCCCUUCUGGGCUGUGGACACCGCGCUCGACUUCAGCUGGCCGUUUGGAGACGCCAUGUGCAGAAUCAUCCUGUCCAUCACCGUGAUGAACAUGUACGCCAGCGUGUUUUUUCUCACGGCCAUGAGUGUCACACGCUACUGGUCAGUGGCCACUGCCCUGAAGAAGAAGACCUACAGGAGGUCGCGGUGCGUAAAGUGGGUGUGCGCGGUGCUGUGGGUGGCCGCGACCCUGGCCACGGCGCCGACCGCUGUCUUCUCCACUGUGACCGAGGUGGCGGGAGAAAAACUCUGCCUCCUCAGGUUCCCAGAAGGAUACGACUGGCUGGCUCUCUAUCACAUCCAGAAGAUACUGAUAGCCUUCAUCAUCCCCAUGCUCAUCGUCAGCGUUAACUACCUGAUGCUGCUGCGCUUCGUCCGACAGCGCAGCAUGGGCAACAGCAGCAACAGAGCUCGGAGAUCCAAAGUCACCAAAUCUGUGGCUAUAGUGGUUUUAUCCUUCUUCUGCUGCUGGAUGCCCAACCACGCCAUCACCUUCUGGGGUGUUUUGGUCAAGUUUAGCGCAGUCAACUGGGAUAAGACGUAUUACUUGGUGCACACGUACGUGUUCCCGGUCACCGUGUGCUUGGCGCACGCCAACAGCUGCUUGAACCCGGUGCUGUACUGUCUGAUGAGGCCGGAGAUCAGGAAGAUGCUGCGGGCUCUGUUUCGGAGAAGCCCCACUCCAUCCACCAGCAGGGGGUGUGCGACUCGUUCCUGCACUCAGGGCGAAACACCUGGAGUCGUCCCUCUGCAGAUCAUGGACAACGCAGAGCUCGGACUCUCCAUCAUUGACCGAAAAGGUCUAUCUGCUUCUAAAGUGACACCCCAGAGAAACCAGACCUGACUCUGCUGGAGCCGUCCUUGGCUCGGGUUGCUCCGUGUGUGUAGCUCGAGACAUUCAUUUCAGAUUGAUAUGUUUGUCAUUUUUGCAAAGACAAAUCCUUAACCAAUCCGUUUCUUUCUUGGAGAUAUUUCUUUAUGAACUGAUCAGCAACUUUAAGAUGGUUAUUGUGUCUGUGAUCAGCAACAAAGGAUUGAAAUGUAUUAUUUAUGAGAAAAAAAAAAACUUGUGAAGAUCAUGCAGAUUAAAGUCAUACGUGUGCAGAGUUUUCUGGUCAUGUCUACAUGUAAAUAAAUGGCAUUUCCACCACUGUUGAUGUGUGAAUGAUUUAUUGUAAAACAGCAAAUGUGUUUAUUGAGCUUUUGAUAACUGCUGUCCCUAAAUCAACUGAGCCAGCAAUUGUGGUCAGUUUUAUUUUAAUUCAUAUCUGAGCUAAUUGUCACCCAGGCAACAGAUGGAAUAUUUAUAUUUUUCAUAAUACUGAAAUUCACAGUACUGGUUAUGGGUUAAUU